AUGCCGAACCAAGACAAAUUGGAGGAAGGCAAAUUACGGAAACAGCCAGCUGAAAAACGGAAGCGGCGGGGGAAAAAGAAGAAGAAAACAUGGGCCUCCGCGGGGCAGCAGAGUGAAGGAGAGAGUCCACAGAAACCUCAUAGUUCAGCGAAGAAUAUACCCUCGGAAGAAGAGGCGCCUGAAAAGAACAGUACAAAUGCUACGUUGGAUCCAACCACUCCAAAUUUGGACACUGCUGAGUUCGAGGAUAGAAAGCUCCCCCAGAUAAAUACGCAGCCCUUGGCUCAACCUCCCUCGAUAACGACCGACCUGGCUGCCAUGAGCCCGAGGAAGCAGACACUUUUGCGGCAUAAGAAAAGCAGCGACAUGGUUGCGGAGCCCUCUUUUAUUAGUGAGGCGAAAGAAUAUAGGAAAAAUAGGAGGCAGCCGCAGCUUAAUGUUCUGAGUGAACUAGUCGACGACGACCAAAAAUAUCUGAUGUUGCUUUCUCAGCAGAACCUCGAAGGAAAAGCAAGCUUGUUCAGGUGUCUGGCGGCGAGGAUUUUAGUGUACCACGAACAAAUUCAAGAUCCAGUGCUGCAAUCGUCUUCUGGCACGCUACUAGGGCACGGUGAGCUUGAAAUAUUCCAGUUGCAUAACGGGGACGUCACGUAUAUGGCAUGUGGAAGAUCUUUUGUAUACCCGCUUCUUCCCAAACUCAAAAUUCUACGCAUAAACAUGAAUCAGUUCAUAUUGCCCUUGUCUAACCCGGAGCGGUACUGGAAGAUCAACAUCGAUUCUGAGGAUGUCAGUGUGAUAAAAGAGCUUGAGCUGGUUUUGCAAAAAGUGGUGAAGUACACCAACCUAUCGUUUGCUGCUGCCAACUCUAUGACGCUGCAGUAUCUAGAUACGGUUCCGGAGAAUGCUGCAACUGGAGAAGCUGAUGAUCAACCUAACGAGAAUAACUCACCACAGACCCCAGAAAGGCAAAGCCUCAAUAUUCCAAACAUUGCGAACAACAAUCUUCCACCUUCUACGUUGCAUGCUGGGCAUGUUGAACGAACCCCAAAGGCGAGUCAAUUCACACCAUUCUUCAACGAUAUUCCCGAAUCGCCUCCUUCGGCGCCGAUAUCGCCCCAGCAAUUCUUAGAGCCAAGCAGCUCGCUCGAUCUUCUGCCAAUCAAUGAGUCCAAAUGGCCCUUGCAUCGUCAAAAAUCAAAUCAAUCAAUAACGUCUGCCCUUGCAAGCUUCAAUGUCACCGAAGACAGUGACGGAAAGAAAUUUUCUCCACAAAGAACGAAAUUAGCCCAACAAAAAAUUGCACAACCAAAGGAAUCGCAACAAAAGAUGGCACAGCCAAAGCCCUUGAGACAUCCUCACGCAAAUCCUCAUGCCGAUGUUAACAAGUCGCUGCUUCCCCUGCCAUACAAACAACAUUCCAAUCCUUAUCAUUCGCGUCUGCGGCCACCCAAAGCAGACGCCAGAUCAGACUCUUCCUCAAUGGACUCGCUUUUGGACGAGUACGAGGAGAAUAUUUCCACCACUAAAUCUAUUAACUACAACAUUCCUAGAUCUCAGUCAAGAACAAUGUCGCUAGCGUCGAGUGCAUACCCUCCUGCCAUCAACUAUCAGCGUGGUAAAAUCCCUCUCGUUCCUGAUAUUCGAAGCAAUUUGGGAUCUGUCACUCAUGAAGUUCCAGAGGACGACCCUGACUUUGACGAUUUCCCGAAAACUUCACUCUCUCAAUACAAUAGAAGGAUGCAAAACACUCAUAGUCAGCGUUCUCGGCGCUCCUCCCCUAGUGAACUUUACAAUUCGGUCAGCAAUUGGAUGGAGCCCAACGUCCCUCAGUAUCUGCAAUUGAGCCACUCUCGCUCGAACUACUCACUUGCUAGUGCCAAAAACAGCAUUAAAUCGAAUCGUACUCAAGAGAACACCCUUAGGGAUAUUUAUCGGUCGAUCACUGAAAAUAAUCUUCAUGCUGCAAUGCUGCAACCGAAUGGACGUCGCCCAAGUAUUACCUCGAGUCGUGGAUAUGGCCAGCGACUUAAGACUAAUGGCUCUCUGCUGCAACACCCAUCAGAUUUCUCGUAUCGUCGUGGAGAACCCCAUGCUCAGAAAGUAUCAAGCUUGAAAAAUGGGAAGGGCAGAGAUUCCCUCUCGUCAUCAGAUGUGUAUCGAUUAGUGAGCUCAAGAAAUGGGAGAAACGAAGUUCACAAUGGGGAAUCCAAACGUGGCGGCAUAUCUAGAUUAUUUGGCUGGUAA